CAGGCUUUCAAAAUUUUUGCCGAGACCCCCGAAACUAUUUUGUGCCGUGGCAUGGUCCAGUGGACAACCUGGUUCGGCCCACCGCUGUACUUCCUUCGAUGCAGGAACGAAACCGAGCCAUUUUAGUUGCCCCCGCAAUUACUGAAACAUGGCAAGAAACUCUGGGGCAUUUUGGGGACCCCAGCCUAGAUAUCACGCCGUGGAUUCCAAGAACCUUGAAUAGCGCCACCCGAUUCGCGGCGAUUUUGAUGAUGAGGUCGUGAUGAAAGGUUCUAUAAAAGGGGUGAAUGCCCCACAUGUACAGCAGCAUUUUUUUCAACUUUCCUAUCAUUUGAAGACCGGCUUUUGCCUCAAAGUUCGAUCGGACGAUAUUCGUUUUCACAAAGCAAGUCAUGACAUUCCUUGUGGGAAAGCAUUUGGCUUGGGCCAUAACAGCCACUGCGGGUAGUGGUUUCUUGCUAUUCGGCUAUGAUCAAGGUGUUAUGUCUGGCUUGUUGACUGGAGAUGCAUUCAUUGCAAGAUUCCCUGCGAUUAACACGACCAAGACUGGGCACGGCAGCUCAUCCCUCCAGGGAACAGUGGUCGCUAUCUACGAAAUAGUAAGUCGCAGAGACAGGGGAGUCGUGCACCAGGCGCUGAUAAGUUCAGGGAUGUUUCCUCGGUGCUAUCAUGUCUUUGUUCAUUGGUGAACGGCUUGGUCGUCGCAAGUGCAUCAUGGCUGGCUGUGCGAUUCUGAGUAUCGGCGCAGCUCUUCAGUGCAGUGCCUAUAGCAUUGCUCAUCUUAUUGUUGGCCGUAUCAUUGCUGGAAUUGGCAAUGGUUUGAAUACAAGUACCAUCCCUGUCUGGCACUCGGAGUUGAGCAAGGCCGCGAGUCGUGGAAAGGGGCUGGCUAUCGAGCUGGCCAUCAACAUUUUUGGUGUCAUGCUUUCAUAUUGGGUUGACUACGGAUUCUCAUACAACAAGAGCGAAGCCCAGUUCCGCGUCCCAAUUGCCCUACAAAUUGUGUUUGCCAUCCUGACCUUCAUCGGGGUUGUCUUCCUACCUGAAUCCCCACGAUGGCUUAUCAAACACGGGAACGAAGACAAGGCUCGCCAUAUCAUCUGGAGCCUGCAGGAUAAUGCCAAAGAUAUCGAGGAAAAUGACACUGUUGUUACCGUCGAAGUCCAGGAAAUUUCUCAGGCCAUAAGAGAAGAGCAAUCAGCCUCGAGUGAAGGAUCGUUUAAGCUCAUCUUCCAGAAUGGGCAGCAGCGCUUCUUCUACAGAACACUUUUGGGUAUGGGUGGACAAAUGAUGCAGCAAGUCUCCGGAAUCAACCUGAUCACAUAUUAUGCAACGGUGAUUUUCGAAGAGUCCGUUGGAAUGAGUCACAACACAGCGCUCCUGCUCGCUGGCUUUAACGGGGUCGCAUAUUUCUUCUCCUCCUUGAUUCCUAUCUGGGUCAUCGACAGACUCGGUCGUCGUAAGCUCAUGAUGUUUGCCGUGACCGGUCAAGGCGCCUGCAUGGCGAUUCUGGCGGGAACAGUCUGGAAUGGCGGACAUGCGGCCGGCUUAGUGGCAACGGUCAUGCUAUUCUUGUUCAACUUCUUCUUCGCAGUGGGCCUUCUCGCAAUCCCCUGGCUGCUGCCCGCGGAGUACUCUCCACUUGCGAUUCGAACCCGAUCGGCUGCUCUCGCGACUGCUACUAAUUGGAUUUUCACUUUCCUCGUUGUCGAAAUCACCCCCGUCAGCAUCUCUAACAUCGGCUAUCGGACAUAUAUUUACUUUGCCAUUUUCAAUUUCUGCUUCCUUCCUCUGAUCUACUUCUUCUACCCGGAGGCACGCAAUCUUACUCUAGAGCAGAUUGACUAUCUGUUCACUGGAGAAAAGGUCAAACUUUACUGGCAUCUGUCCAUGGGUAUGGCCGGAGACGUCAACGCAAGGAUUGCUCAGGGCAAGGAUCUCGAGAGUGUACAUGCUCAGCAUGUUGAGUAGGAUUACCUAUUUUCGCAUGACAUCAAUUGUCAAGCAAAGACUGUGGUGUUCAGUUUGGAGAAUAGCCAUAGAUAUUUUCAGUGAUA